AUGUAUUCCUACAUCUGCGCCCACUGCCGCCACUAUGCCACCCCAUCGGACACGGCAACACCAGCACCAGCCCCAGCACUCCUCCUAAAACUCCGCUCCGACCUCAAAACAGCCAUGCAGCAAAAAGACAAACCCCGCCUCAACGUCCUCCGUGGGGUCCUCGCCGAAGUCACAAACGCAGCAAAAACAAACAAACCAAUACAAUCCGAUAUGCAACUGCUCUCCCUCCUCCGCAAACGUGCCGCGGCAGCCAAGACAGCGAGUGCCGAGUUCAGUAGUGCAGGACGGCAGGAUCUGGUAGAGACGGAGGAGCAGCAGGCGAGGAUCAUGGAGGACUAUGCCGGUGGGGUGGAGGUAAUGAGUGGGGAGGGAUUGAGGGAGGCUGUGCAGAAGGUCGUUGAGGAGGUGAAGAGGGCGGCGGGGGGGAAGGCGACGAGUAUGGGGGAUGUGUUGAAGAGGCUCAUCGGACCGGGUGGGACGCUGGAUGGGAAGCCGGUGGAGAAGGUGGAGGUGUCGAGGUUGGUCAAGGAGAUGAUGGGAAAGGCUUCAUGA